UUACAAAGCCAUUGACAUUUGCUGACUGUGUUGGUGAUGAGCUUCCUUUAGGAUGGGAAACUGUUUACGAUCAGCAGAUUGGAGUUUAUUACAUGGACCACAUAAAUAAGCUCACACAAAUCGAGGACCCAAGGGAGCAAUGGAGAAGAGAGCAGGAGCGCAUGCUGAAGGAGUAUUUAAUAGUUGCCCAGGAGGCACUCAAUGCCAAGAAAGAGAUUUAUCAAAUAAAGCAGCAGCGAUUUGAACUAGCUCAAGAAGAAUAUCAGCAACUGCACAAAAUGUGUGAGGAUGACAACCGUUCCUAUGCCAGCUCAUUCUCUGGCUUUUCAACUAAUACCAAGUAUGACCCAUAUCAGAUUAAAGCAGAGAUAGCCAGCCGUCGUGACAGACUUUCUAGGCUAAAACGAGAACUGGCACAGAUGAAGCAAGAGCUCCAGUACAAGGAAAAAGGAGUGGAAACUCUGCAAGAGAUCGAUCGGAAAAUGUCCAGUGCUCAUACAAAUUACAGGCUAGAUGAAGCACAAGCUAUAAUGAGUGAGCUUCGAACAAUAAAGAAAGCUAUAUGCACAGGUGAAAAAGAAAGGCAGGACCUUAUGCAGAGCCUGGCCAAGCUAACAGAUGGCUUCAGGAAUAGCUGUUGUAUUACGGAUUCCCUGCAGGACCUCCAGCACAAUUCCAGUUCGCUCAGCGACUCCUGUUUACCUCAACAACACUGCGAUGCUUGUUCUCAGACUGACAUCACUGGAGAGUUUGGCUUUGAUGAUAAAACAAGACUUGUAGACAAAGUAAGAUUGAACUGGCAAUAUGAAGAGGCGAAGAAAAGAGUUUCCAAUAUACAACAGCAGCUGGCCUUGCUGGACAACGAGUCCUGGCCAGGAAUGGCUGAGGCGGACAGGGACCGUCUUCAGCUCAUCAAAGAGAAGGAGGCUCUUCUUCAGGAGCUGCAGCUCAUCAGUCAACAGAGACGAUCCCCUGAAGACAUUGCACGUUUGGAGGAAGAAAAAAGGCGCUUGGAGGAUGAAAUUCAACGGGCUAGAGCAACCUCUGCUCAUGGGGCCACCGAAAGGAUACUGUUACAGGAAAAGAGAAAUUGUUUGCUUAUGCAACUAGAAGAAGCUACACGUUUGACCUCGUAUUUACACUCCCAGUUAAAAAGCCUGUCCGCCAGCACCCUCACAAUGUCCUCGGGCAGCAGCAGGGGCUCCCUGGCCUCCAGUCGAGGCUCCCUGGCCUCCAGCAGAGGCUCUCUCAGCUCGGUCAGCUUUACGGAUAUCUACGGCCUCCCGCAGUACGACAAAUCCGACAGUGCCACGGACUACGGGCAGCAUUUGCGCUUUGACAUCAUUCCGUUCGAGUCCCUCACGAAGGACGUGCCGUACGCCGACCCCAUUGGCCACGGGAAUUUCAGCAAGCAGCGGAGGUCCCUGGAUACGCCGCAGUCCCUGGCCUCCUUGUCGUCGCGGUCCUCCUUGUCGUCGCUGUCUCCUCCGAGCUCACCUCUGGACACCCCGUUCCUCUCCGCGUCCCGAGAUUCCCCCCUGGCUCAAAUGUCCGAAGGUUUUGAGGAGAUGGCAAGCAUGGGGGCCCUGGAAAUGCUCAGGGCCCAGCCUGCAAUGCUGGGCGAGGAUGAUGCCCAAGGAACGAGUUCAUCUCAGCCGUCCGCUUAUCCUGGGGACAACGAAGGGCUGCGAGAAGUGGGACCACAGCUGGCUAACGUGCAGACUGGGGGAGCUGUAACUCUGCGAGGAGACAGCAGUAGAAGAUCGGAGAGGAGAGCCAGGCGAGUUUCAGCAUGUCUCUCAGAUCAUUCACUGGCUAGUGACAGUGGCGUGUUUGAAGCUUUAAGCAAAAGAAAUGAAGAUAUGGAAGAGCCUGCCUAUGGUGAUGUUGCCAGUAGUGAAGAGCCGCAAAUCCACGUUGGAUUUCUGCAUGACAGUGGAAGUGAAUGUCUCUUAGUCCACGUCUUACAGCUGAGGAACUUUACUAGCCUUGUUGUUAAAGAAAACUGCAAAAUCCAUGUGCGGGUUUAUUUGCCACCCCUGGAGUCCAGCACACCGACCACUUACUGCUCUAGGUCUUUGGAAUUCCAGUCUCCGUUACUAUUUAAUGAAGUGUUCCGAAUCCCUGUGCAUUCAAGUGCUCUGAAACUAAAAUCACUGCAGCUCUAUAUCUGUUCGGUUGACCAUCAGCAACAAGAGGAGCUAUUGGUAAGUGGUCCUUUUUCCUAA